AACUCUCAGACGUUUUCAGAUCUCCAACAGUCCUGAACUCGUCCUCGUCAACGUGUGAACUUAUCAACCAACUAGGUCUGACGCGUUUUCGCCAUUGUCUCUUAUUUUCGCUUCUUCAAGCAACACGAGAAACACGAAGAGAAGACGCGACUAAUUCUUUCUUCUUGUUAAAACAGUCUUGGGAAUAUUAUUUUCCCCUUCGAAAUAUGCUUUCGUUUGUUUUCUUCUCAUAAAAUAAUUUUAGAUUCGUUUUUUUUCUCUUUCUCUCUUUCUCUCUCUUUGUUACAUUUCGUUUGUAAGUUAAUAAAUUUGUUGUAUACAUACGAAAAGUGAAGAAUAUAGGAUUUAUUUGAAGGAAGUUUAAAAAGAGAAAGCAGUGGACUGAUUAGUUCUAUCAAAUAAGUUUGAAAUACUUAUCAAAGAAGAGAGAAGAAAAGAGCGUAGUGUAUCGAUGUUCCGGUGGUGAAGUUUCGUAAAAAGAAAAAAAGAGGAAAUUCAAGUGCGAAUAAUAAUCGAUAAUCGAAGAAAAAGAAAGAUCGUUGACGUGAUGAGGAACGUUCUGUGCUUUCUGUGGAUCGUUGCGAUCCUGAAAAUAGAAGAUUUCGUGAUUGCUGAAGCUGAUCCGGCAAUUUUGUUAGGAUCUGAUUUGAGUCAUUUCCAACAAAGUCAUUCAUCACAUGAUCCACGACCACGUCUCUCAGCUUCUCAACAAGCACAAAUAUUAAGCGACGUUCAACAACACCAGCAACGGUUUCGUCGACCCCAAGAAUUAUCCGAUACUCGAGGAUCUUUUUCAAACUUCGAGCAAGCCGCUUCGAAACCACAAACCAGUUCAUCUUAUUCAUCUCUAGCAAAAUAUAAAGUAGAUCGUGCAAAGCAACAACAACUUCAGCAAUUGUACCAACAACAGCAACAAGUACAACAAUUGAUACAGGAACAACAACAAAAAAUAGCACAACAACUCAAUAAUCCAAAUUAUCUGAAUGGUCAAAUCCAAUUUCAAUCUCAACCUGUCAAACAACAGCAAUUUCAACAACAAUAUAACAGCCAAUAUCAAAACACUAACAAUCACUUUCAAAAUCUUCAACAAGAUUUGUCUCAACCUUUGUUCAGUGAUCGACAAACGUUACAAUUACAAGAAUAUUUAGAGAAACAACGUGAAUUGGAAUUACUACAAAAGCAAAGACAACAAUUAUUGUUGGAAAAACAGGAGUUACGAAGACAGCAGGAAUUGCUGAGACUUCAACAACUGCAGAAACUAACCUCUACGACUUCGUUACCUAUUUCUGUUACUUCUACUAAUACCAUAAAUGUCAGUACUACAGCGACUCCUGUACUUGUAUCACUGCCAACAAGAAAAAUUACCCCAUCGGAAACAGAUCUAUUUCUGAAGGCAAUAGCCACUCAUCAAAAAAAAUAUUCUACCACUACACCGAUUUCACCUAUAACAACGACUAUAAGGACUACAACAACCCACAAACCCACUUUGACAGUUUCACCCAAGACUUAUCAAGAGAAGGUAACAGUAACUUCGACUAUACCAGAGAAUCUAUUAGAUUUGAUUCAGGAACAACAGAAUCAAUUCAUUCAACAGGGUAAACCAAAGCCUCAAAUCAAAAUCAUAUAUCAGACUGAAAAACCAGUGACUUUGAAGAGUAUCACAACAAAAACUAGGUCUACUUCAUUAGGAUCAGAAAGAGAAAUUUUGUUGAAACAAUUAAAAUUAGCUCUAGCUCAAUCUGUCGACGAUGAUGCAAGGAAUGUCAGUACAAGAGAUAUCGUGCUUCCUAAUGGAAAAAAAGUUCAGCUGAUCGAUUCUUCGAAUAGUCUAACUUCUAAUAUCCCAACCGAUGGAUCAACAUUGACUACUUCUACUUUGGCGUUAACUACUUCGACUACGACUAUCAAGCCGCCGAAAGCUAUUUUUGAGGAAUUAACAAAAGGUGUACUUCCUCCUGGAGCAGAUUUUGAAGUCAUUAGACAAAAAAGUGAUGGAAAGUUAGAAGAGAUUGGGAAAACACCGAUUCACAAUCUGCCAGCGAAAAAGGUAACAUUUGUCGUAUUGGAGGAGCAACCUGAUGGUAGUUAUAAAGUACAAGGAGUGAAAGGAAAUGCGGAUAAGGAAGGAACUGAAGUAGAGUCUAUCGUAGAAAAAAUUAAGAAAGGAGAGUUAAAGUUGCCACCAAGUUCGUCAAAUCCGACCACUACCAGUUCGCUUCAGAAUUUCGCGUCUAAUUUGGAUCCAAAUACAAUUUCGACAAAACAGAGUAUCGUAACAUCAAUUCAAAGUGAUCCAUAUACUACCUCUAGAUCAACUACUGCAAGAUCUACUUCUGUUUCAUCAAGGUAUACGGAAAGCAAACCAACUGAGCAUUUUCCUCAUGUGACAAUCUCUCCAAAUUCCGUAUCGACGACCGACAAAUAUUUAUCUUCAGCAUCGAGUGUUACAAGUCACGUAUUCAAUUCUCUCAAGAAUACCAACACUACUCCUAAAUUAAGCUCUUUAGAUCAGGAUAAUCGAGUCACGGCGAAAUAUCCAACAAUAACAAGGAGUCAUUUCAUCCCAACCAUGGUUCCUGUCAAUGAAAUUAUUACGACAACACCUGCAUCAGUGCCGACGACUUUCUCACAUCAUUCGACCAAUUCUUACAUUCACUUUACUUCACCAUCUAGUGAAACUUUACCGAGUUUAAAAACAAUUCAGACUACUGCAAGGCCAUUGACCACCUUACACAACGAAAAUAUCAUUUAUCAGGACACUUUCGAAAGAUCUACUAUCAUGCCGACCAUCGAAUCGCUUACCACGAGAAAUCAAAUACAGGAAAGUUUGACCACAUUGUUGAGAAGAGAAGGAUUGUUCGCAAUGGCUAAGUAUCUGAGGCAAUCGGGUCUAGAUAAUGUGUUGAACGAAACUGGUCCAUACACAAUAUUUGUUCCGACGGAUAAAGCUUUCAGAACGCUUUUAGUACAACUUGGUGGUCCAGAAAAAGCAGAACAAAAAUUCCGAGAUAACCCACGACUUCUUAGUGGACUUCUAUUACACCACGUGAUACCAGGAGCUUUUAGAAUUGAUUCCUUGCAAGAUGAAAUGACUGGCGUUAGCUUGGCUGGAACGCAAUUAAGAGUGAACGAAUAUGCAAUGCAUGAUCACGAAUGGAAUGAUAUAAAGGUAACAACAAUAAAUGGUGCAAAAGUGGCGUCAAAUAAACGAGAUAUAGAAAUACCUCAAGGCAUCGCUCACGCCGUAGAUAGGGUAAUGUUCCCACUUCCGGUUGGCGAUUUGGUACAAACGUUACAGGCUGAUCGUGAAAGAAGAUUCACUACUUUCUUAAAACUGCUUUACAUAUCAGGUCUUCAAGAUACUUUAUCAGGAUCUAAAACUUUCACCAUUUUCGCUCCAACGGAUUCCGCUUUCGAAUCAGCUUCGAAAGACGGAACAUCAGUUUGGACAGAAGAAGAUGGACCAGAUGCUGCAAAAACAAUCAUUUCGAGACAUAUAAUUCCAUCGACUUUAUAUACAGCUGGAAUGAGGUAUUAUUUGCAAAAAGAUACUCUUCGUCCGCAAUCGCCUCUCCAUAUUCACAAAAAUGGUGGUCGAGUACGAAUAAACGAAGCACUUGUAAUAACGCAUAAUAUACCAGCAACAAAUGGAGUUUUACACGCAAUUGACAAUAUAUUAUAAUUAUGCAACAACAAUUAAAUUUACUUUGAAAAAUUAUGCGUCUCUACACAAAAAUGCAUAUUUCAAUAACAAAAUAUGAAAAUUAUUUAUACAUUCUUAUUUUAAGUUAGCAAUAAUAGCAAUAGUAAUUAAGCAAUUAUUAUUUCUUUGUGAUUUACUAAAAAAAAUAGUAAGAUCUCAUGUGAGAUAGUAUUUAAAUUUGAAUUUAAUUUAAUAAAAAAAUACUAAGUCUAAUAUAAAUGUUUUAUUUUUAGAAAUAAAUAAUAUUGAUAAAUAAGAUGAAAUUCUAUAAAAAAAAAAGAAAAUUUUGUAAUUCUUAGAGAUUAUUAUAGUAAGUCACAAAGAAUUAAACUUAUUAUGAAAUACAUACAUAUGUAUGUCAUUAAUCUUUUCGUUACUUAUUAGAUAUAUACAAACCUUCAAUUCUUAAUAAUUUAAGAUUAAUGCGAUAAAUUCUAAUGAUUACUAACAAUUCAUCUAACAUUUGAAUUAUCUUAAUAUAAACAUAUGAUCAAAAUAUAAGAAAAAUAAAUCUCAUUUAUAAUUCAGAGAUUCAUUCCAAAGAAAGGAUAAAUUCAAUCUGAAUAGUUUCUGAGAUAAAAAUUUAUAUAAC